AUGACCAUCAUCCCGGUCCCGGAGGUGUUGAUGUGUCCCAUCAGCCUGGACCUCCUGUCGGACCCCGUCACCCUGAGGAGCACCGGCCAGACGUACGACCGUGCCAGCAUCCAGCGCUGGCUCCUCGCGGACGGCCACCGGACUUGCCCCGUCACCAUGCAGCCGCUGCACGGCGAGUUCGACUUUGACACCGCGCUCGUCCCCAACCGCACGCUCAAACACCUCGUCGACCGAUGGCUCCUCACCGGCUGCCCUGCCGACCUCUCUGAGUUGGCGUUGCCGGCCCUCAGGGACAACCUCCUGCAGCAUCAGCUCCAACCUUCCGGCACCGCCACCACCACCUUGGUCGUCGAGACGCUCAGGAUUGUGAGGUCGCUCUCCCCUGCUGGCUUCUGCCCCUUGCUGCUACGCUUGCUGCUGCUUCCUCAGGCUCAGGCUGAGAGUCAAGGCCACCACCAGAGUAUGGGGACGAUAGAAGAUGAACAAGAAGAGGUGGUGGAGCUGGCGCUCGACUGCCUGAUAGGGUCGCCGUCGACACAAGAGCUCGCAGGCGCUCUUCAUGAUGCCCUGACCAAGACCAACACCAUGUCCUCCUCCUUUGUGCUACUCCUGAGUCAGCAGCAGGGUAGUGUCAAGGCCAUGACGGGCUUAUGCCGCGUCAUCGCAGCCGCAGCCGCAGCAGCAGAAGAGGUGCGCAUGCUCCUGGGCCAAACAGAGCAGUUCAUGGCAGCUCUGGCCGGUCUUGUGCGUGACUCGAGCACUGCCAAGGCCGCGGCGGCAGAAGCUGCGCUGGUGGCCAUGUCAAGCCUCUGCUCGUCGGAGCCGAGCUGGGCGACGGCGGUGGCAGCGGGCGCUGUCGACGCUCUCAUCGCCUACAUCUCGGCGGGUCCUAGAGCUGCAAAGAGCGUGAUGACGUGCCUGCAGACGCUGGAGCUUCUGCUGAGCCUGGACGCCGGCAAGCAGGCCAUGCACAGGCACCCCGAUGCGGCCGCCGUCCUGGUCAAGAUGGUGUUCCGGGUGCCGUCAAAUCAGGGCGCUAGCGUCAGCGAGCACGCGGUCCGGUCGCUGCUCGUCGCGUGCCGCGAGUCGGCGAGGUUGCGUGUCGAUGCAAUCAACGCCGGGCUGCUCAAGCAGCUGCUGCUGCUGCUGCAAAGCCGGUGCAGCCCCGCGGCCAAGGCCAACGCCACGGCGCUGCUCAGGGCCGUCUGGGCUCACCAUGCCGGCAUGCUUCUCUAG